GUCAGCACCUCGGACAGCUCCCGGCGGCUCCGACCGGAAACCGAGCGUUUAGAUUAGUAUUAGGAUUAUUAUUAUUAUUCUUCUUUGUCAUUCACGUGCGGAGGCGUCACGUGACCGAUCACAGAAUUUUCUGGGGGGUCGAUGUGACUGAAAUCCAAUUCGUGGAUCAACUUGUCAAACAGCCUCUUCAUCCUCCUGCAGGAGGCAUCUCAUCGACUCGUCUGAGGAGUGUGUGUGUGUGUGUGUGUGUGUGUGUGUGUGUGUCUGUGUGUGUGCGCGAGGGCAAGAAAAGAUGAAGCCGCAGCGGCCGCUUCGAGAGAUGAAGCUGCGUUCAAGGAAUAUCGGAGCUGCCUAGACUGUCGCCCUGCGGGUUUCUCUCUUUUCUUUCCUCUCUCUCUCUGUCUCUCUCUCCCUCUCUCUCUCUCUCUCUCUCUGUCUCUCUCUCUGUCGCCGGUCGGAAGAUGCUGCUCCUCCUGGUGACGGUGUCGUCGGUGGCGUUCGGCCGCGGCUUCGCCCUCAGCUCCCACUUCAGCACAGAUGGCGCGCCGCUGAGCGAGCUGUCCUGGUCGUCGUCCCUGGCCGUGGUGCUCGUCUCCUUCGCCGGCCUCUUCACCCUCGUCUUCCUCAUGCUGGCCUGCCUCUGCUGCAAGAAGGGCAAGAUCGGCUUCAAGGAAUUCAAGAAUGUGGACGGGGAGGAGUACCACGCAGACAUGUCCACCGUGGCCUCGCCGGCCUCCCAGGGCAGCCCGGACGUCUACAUCCUGCCCCUCACCGAGGUGUCGCUGCCCGUCGCCAAGCAACCGGCUCGCUCAGUCCAACUCCUGAAAUCCUCCGAGCUCAGCCGCCACAGUCUGCUCUACCUGAAGGAGAUCGGCGAUGGCUGGUUCGGGAAGGUUUUGCUGGGGGAGGUGAACGCAGGCCUGAACACCACCGAGGUGGUGGUGAAGGAACUCAACUCCAGCGCCAGUGUGCGGGAGCAGAUGCACUUCCUGGAGGAGGCGCAGCCGUAUCGCGUCCUCCAGCAUCCUGCGCUGCUGAAGUGUUUGUCCCAGUGCACCGAGGUCACCCCCUACCUGCUGGUGAUGGAGUUCUGUCCACUGGGCGAUGUGAAGAGUUACCUCCGGAGCUGCAGGACGGCAGAGACAAUGACCCCGGAGCCCCUGGUCCUCCAGCGGAUGGCCUGUGACAUCGCCUCGGGACUGUUGCACCUGCACAAACACAACUUCACGCACAGUGACUUGGCUCUGAGGAACUGCUUGUUGACAGCUGGCGUCUCGGUGAAGAUCGGAGACUAUGGUCUGUCCCACACCAAGUACAAGGACGACUACUACGUGACGUCAGAUCAGAUGCACGUGCCGCUGCGCUGGAUCGCCCCGGAGCUCGUGGACGAGGUGCACGGGAACCUGCUGGUGGCCGACCACACCCGACAGAGCAACAUCUGGUCUCUGGGUGUGACCGUCUGGGAGCUGCUGGAGUUGGGCACUCAGCCCUACAGACACUACUCGGACCGACAGGUGCUGGCCUACGCCGUGAGGGAGCAGCAGCUGCGACUGCCCAGACCGCUGCUCAACGUUCCCCUGGCUGAGCGCUGGUACGAGGUGAUGCAGUUCUGCUGGCUCCAGCCUGAUCAGAGGCCCAACGCCGAGGAAGUCCACUUGCUGCUCAGCUACCUGUGUGCCAAGGGGGCCAGCGAGGCGGAGGAGGACUUCGAGAGGCGCUGGAACUCACUGCGCCCCAGCACUGGAUUCAACAGCCACCACGGUGCCUCUGCGAUGUCACAAGACCACCCGUCGGCGCCCUCGUCCUCCUCGUUCCCUCUCCUCGAGCAGUUUUCAGCAGGCGACGGCUACCACUCUGAGUCUGGGGACGACAUACUAACGGUCACCGAAACCAGCCACGGCCUGAACUUUGAGUACAAGUGGGAGCAGGCCAGGGCGGACCAGUGCUACAGAGCCCAGGACUCUCCCAGUUCCCUGGAUCAGGUCAACCAUCAUUGUCAGGAAGCAUUUUACCCACCAGGGGGCAUCGUGGGAGGCUGCCCUAUGGAGAGCCUCAGCCAUGGAGUUUCUCCUUCUUACUACCAACCAAAACAUCUACAUGCUCCCGGCGUACUUCCUGUCCUCAGCGCCCACAGCCCCUCAGUGAGCAGUGAAUACUACAUUCGCAUCGAAGAGCCCGUUGAUUGUAACAUUGACCUGGACUACACCAUGUGCUCCUACAGCCCGGAGUAUCAGGGCAGCAGUGGGAGCUUCCUCACCGGGAGCGCGGACUCAGGAGAGUGCAUGGUCUGCCCGUCACAAGCCAAGCACAUGGGCAUGGAUCCCUAUUGGUCAGCAGACAUCCAUAAGUCAGACGUGUACGAUUCCAAUGACUCGAGUCCUGCGAUCUCCCUGACGAUGGAGCCCCUUUUAGGGCAAGUGUCUCACAACAGCCCACUGCGACCCUGGGAGUCUAGUCACUAUGUGUCCUAUAAAGACAGAGACGGGGGUUACUACUAUGAGCACUCACCACCUUUGGGAAUAGAGCAUUAUCUGAUUGGAGGCGAGCGGUCUCGUGGGCACCACCAGGAAAGCUGGGGGUCAAGGAGCUUGCGUCAGGCCUUGGGUGAGUUGGAGAACCCACUUGGUACCAGUAUCGCCCCCUCUGUAAUCACCCCCCCUCAACAGGCCUACAGAGACACAUACCUGGACACGAGUCAGACGUCCAUCAUAGGAAAGAACGUGACCGGGGGUUACUACGACAUGAUGGGCUCGCUCCGGAAGACCAUGCCCAGCCACACGAGGCACAACAGCCACUCUGUCAGUAUCAACAUGGAGACAGAGGGGGCGCUCUUUGUUGGGCACAGAGACAGCGAUUCAGAAGAGGAAGAAGAAGAGGACAUAUUUGUCGAGAGACACACCUGCAACACUUGGCCUUCAAAACACCGCCACAGCAGCGCGGGUCACCACCGACGGGCGAGCCACAGCUGCAGACAGGACGCUUAUGUCGAUUUCCACUACACAAUGCCGAGUACGGACAUCGAAGACUCCUGGCCGGAGGAGCACAGCCUGCACUUCCGCUCUCUGCCCAAACCUGUCGACUAUCUCGAGCCCCACCAGGCCAAAGACAAUAGUGCCUGCCUCAGUCUGAGCAAACACCAUGCGGUGGUGCCUUCAGACAACUGCAACACCUACAUCUACCUGUGCCACGAGGGCGAGACUCAGGGACCAGCAGCUGGCGAGUGCUGCCACUCACUCUUCGUCGACCCACUCACUGGUUUGCUCGUCAGAAACAACAGCUACAGUCACAGCUACAGUCACAGCAACUACAUCAGAGACACGCUCGUUGACACCUCGUGCAAUGAGGAGGAGAUGAUCAAUCUGUCGCCGGCUCCGGGGGGUCCCAUUGUGGCCAAACCUUCCUUGAUAAAGACUGAUGACCCCGGAGAGCAGUACGUUGACCUCACAACUGAUGACACCCCACUCAAAGAGAAGCGGGAGGAAGUAAUCAAGGAAAACCUAAUCAUGCAAAACCCGGCAGAGCCUAGAAAAGAGGAGGUGACGCUGACGAUGAUGAGAAUCAACCCACCUCCUGCGGACAACAUGCACGUGAUGGUGGCCCUCGCGGAGCCUCAGUCGGACUUGAGUCCCACCGAAGAUAGCGGUGUGGACCGAGGCAGCUCCAGCACUUGUCUCGCCGACAUCCUGGACUGCAGCGACGGUGACGAGGAGGAUGACAUCACAGAGGACAUCACCGACGUUACCUCGGGCAUCUUUGCCGACGAGUCCAGCGAGCUGAACGCUUCUCCGGCCUUCAAGUCUCUGCAGAAGCAGGUAGGAACUCCCGAUUCCAUGGAUUCCAUGGAUCUACCAUCUGCAGCUGGGUCUUGUGAAGGCUUCAGCCCUGCCUCCUCCCACCCGUCCAGCUCACCCAAAGCUAUGGACAGUGGCUAUGACACAGAGAACAAUGAGAGUCCUGAGUUUGUGCCCAAAGAGCCUCAUGAACCCCGCGAACAACCUCUGGCAAAGCCGACCCUUGAUACAAGCCUGGAGGAGGACGAGGUGCUGGAGGAGCACGGAGUCGAGGCCAAGGAGGAUGAUGAACCAUCACUGGGUGAAGAUUUGGCCUCAGGAGCCUCCCAGACAGGUGACCACAUCUUUUCACCACUAAGUGAUAAGACCCCAUACAGGGACUCUGCUUACUUCUCAGACUACGAGAAUGAGAGGCAGUCCAGGGAAGAAGGUGAAGAAUUGUCCGAGAGAGUAAGAGAUGAUCAAACUGUUGAAAUGGAACAUGAAAUGGAAGAAAAGAAGGGUGAGAAAAGGAAGAAUGAAGACGAGGAAGAACUCCAGGAUUCUACAGCAAACAAAGACAUGAAGGUGGAAAUGAAUCACAUGUUAAAAGAGGGAACAGAAACCUCUUCUCCACCAGAGAUGGAGGCAUAUUUGACAGAGGAGUGUGGCCAGGAGGAAGAAUUGGGGCUUCUUCUGGAGUCUGCUGAGACUGCCUCAAUAACCGAGGGGGGACUGGAUGAAUGGCCAUCCCAGGAGGAGAGCUCAUCUCUGGGAGACUGGGCAGCAGAGGUGGUGGGGGCCAUGGAAGAAGCCCUCGGGGCCCUGAAUGGAGAUCCUACCCCCAGCGUCGAGGUGGAGCAGGAGGACGCGGAGGCCGUGGAAGCCUCAGAAACCAAAGAGGAGCCAUCGACCAAGACGAUUCAGAACAGGACAUCGGGGACAUCCAGUGAAAUCCUGCACACUUUACCCAAAGACGAGGUGGCGUUGCAGCACACGGCAAACACCAGACGGUUUUCCUCUUCCUCCCCUCCGCCCCCGUCCGUCCCUCCUCCUCCGCUCCCUGACGGCCGAGGGUCUCCGGCGGACGGGGAAGAGGCGGACGAGGAGGACGGCGACACGGACGACAGCGAAGAGUCCGACGAGGAGCUGCGGUCCUACAGUGUGCAGGAGCAGAGCGGCGGGGAGGAGAGCGAGGAGGAGUGUCACCCGGUGCCCGUCGUGGUGAGCGACGACAGCGAAGCCCACAAACUGCGCAGCCUCCUCAAGGUGCCGACGCUGCUCACCACCGAGAACCCGGAGGAGGAGGAGCUCGAACGCAAGAAGAAGACUGUGUCUUUCUUCGAUGACGUCACCGUCUAUCUGUUCGAUCAGGAAAGCCCAACUAAAGAGCUGGCGGAGCACGACUUCCCCGUGGGAGCAGAGGGUCCGAGUUCACCGAACAAAUCCAAAGAGAGAGUUAACGCCUCUGACGACUCCUCGGAUGGGAACAUCUCCGAAGAGAGUGCAGGGUACGAGUGGGAGGACGACUUUCCCCUGUUGCCUCUGCCCACAUCCUCGGGGGCGUCCGACUCCCCGCCCACCCGCUCCGUGCCCAAAGCCCCGGACGCCAAACCGGCCGCGCAGUUCUCCCGCUUCACCGUCUCCAGCGUGUCCCGGUUCUCCAUCACUCACAUCUCCGACUCCGAUAUGGACUCAGCAGGCGGAAGCAGCGAGGACGGAGAGAAAGAGUGACGAGCUGCGGACGCUUACUGCCUCUCUUGGACAAAACGGCUGCGAGCAUGACUUGUGAUUUUAUUUCAUCUGACAUCAGGUUUUUAGAAACACAGAGACUGUGCCUCACCGCCCCGUGGACACUUUUUUGAAAAAGGCAUAAGUCAUUACCACAACGCAGGACCGACCUGAAGCUGUUUAGAGAAUAUGGUAAAAAUAGUAUGGUUAAUAUAUGAGGAUUUUACAGAAUAUUAAUAUAUACUGGAUGUGAGGAAUCGACGAAAAGCAGGGAGACAUUUUGUAAGUUGAAUUCCGCACAUGUUUUCCAAACGGGAGAACAAGCAUCACGUUCACCAACUCUUUCUUUCUUUUGUUGCUGUUUGACGAAGGAUCAGCAUCAUUUUGAACGAGAAUGUACGGAUCCACAGACUCGGUACUUUGUUGGAAACUGAAAAAUUCCUUAAGGUAUCACAAGUAAUACGAUGUUAAUAUUUGGAUUCAUUCAGAGACAAAGAUCACACUAGUUUACAGGAAAUGGAAUGGAAUGGCUUCCUGUUUGGCUACAGAGUCUUAUCCUGUGAAAACAGCUGAGCGAACCAGGACAACCUAGUGAUAUAUAUAUAUAUAUAUAUAUAUAUAUAUAUAUAUAUAUAUAUAUAUAUGUAUCAUUAGGAUCACUGUGGCUCAUUCUCUCCACUUGACCGAGGCGCUGACAUCAUCACCGCCGCCGUCGUCACGACCAAUCAACCCCCAUUGUUGUAAAUCAGGCACUACACACCGUCACCAUGGCAACAAGAAGUGAAGAAAGUGGUUUGACGGAUUAUUUUUCAGAUAAAGCAAUGACGCAUGA